GGCUGCACCGAGAGCUGGUGAGACAAAACAAAAGCCACUCAUUUCAACCACCUGGCGCUGGUCGCUUGUUGUUGUCCUAUUUCCGAGAAAAGGUGUUUAUUUUCCGCUUUCAUAUCCUUGUGCAACCGCCCCUGCGCUAUGCCGAGCAGCACAUCUUUGCUGGAAGCCGACGACGGAGAAUCCGAGGUCCCGCCGCCACUAGUACACGCUUUCGCCGGCAUGGGCCUUGACGAGCACCUUGGCACCCAGAGCCAGACGGCAGCCGAGCAAGUGGAGGAUAGCCCAGCCUACCACCACCAGCUCAUCCCAGCUUCCCACUUCAAUCUAAUCGGUACGGUACUAGACUUGAAGCCCCUGCAGCAGCACCACCGACCACCCUCGGGAGAUGAAGGGAGCGUCACGCCCGAAGACGAGGACACGGCCACCUCCGGCUGCUCCCCGGGCGGGUCGUUGUUAGCGCAGGCCCAUCAAUACCUGCCUUCGGGGCCGGGUGGCUGCGGAAUGGAGCAGGUCGAGACGGUGCUGCUGUACAAUGGAGACGAUCGGGACGAUCCAGCCAUAUCUCCAACCGUGUUGCCCCCCUGCGUGUACGGAGGGGAGACGGGCUACGAGGCCGAGGCGUCGCUGUUGGCUCGACGGAAAAGUGUCAACACAACCGAAUGCGUGGCCGUGCCGAGCUCCGAGCAUGUCGCUGAGAUAGUGGGCAGGCAGGGCUGUAAAAUCAAAGCACUUCGGGCCAAGACCAACACCUACAUUAAGACACCGGUGAGGGGUGAGCAGCCCGUCUUUGUCGUGACGGGACGUAAGGAAGACGUGGCCAUGGCCAAGAGGGAGAUCCUGUCCGCCGCUGAGCACUUCUCACUCAUACGAGCCUCUCGGAACAAAGCAGGAUCUCUCUCUGCCUCAUCCGGGCCGGGGAUCCCCUCUCUACCUGGACAGACCACCAUUCAGGUGCGGGUGCCGUAUCGUGUCGUGGGACUGGUGGUGGGUCCGAAAGGGGCAACCAUCAAACGCAUUCAGCAACAGACCCACACCUACAUCGUCACCCCGAGUCGCGACAAGGAGCCCGUGUUUGAGGUCACAGGGAUGCCGGAAAAUGUGGACCGAGCCAGGGAGGAGAUCGAGGCGCACAUCGCCCUCCGCACGGCCACCUGCGGGGGCAUCGAGGCUCCCGGUGUGGACAACAACGACUUUCAGUUCAACGGCACCGACGUCAGCUUCGACAAUUCUGCCAUGUCCAUGGGGCUGGGUGAAGCCAAGUGGCUUCACGCCGGCACGUCUGCGGUCAGUAAUGGCGGCCUGCUCCCAGUCAGCCUCGGCGGCCCCCAGCGAGUCAAUAGCAAUAUAUCUGGCGGCGUCCGCAUGUCUUCCACCUACCGCAACGACAGCUCCAGCUCCCUCGGCAGCGGCUCCAGCUCCACCGAUUCCUUCUACGGCAGCGGUGGUGGGAACCGGAUGUCUGAUUUCAGCCCCACCUGCUCCUUCAACGCCAAUUCCAACAACAACAACAGCAACGCGAGCGCUACAAGUUUCUGGUUUGGAGACGGCCUUCCUCCAGUGGGCUCUGAGGAGCUGGUGGGCCCAGGAGGUGGGAGCACCUCCUCAGGAUUUGAGCCCUUAACCAUCUCCACUAGCCAAGUGGCUCACCCCACUGCACAGCCUCACAUCUGGAGCCCCUAUGUGGACCACCAAAGUCUUCAGGCCUUCGAUGGUCGUCCCACUCAGACCAGUCAGCCCGGCACGCCCCGCCUCUCCCCAACCUUCUCCGGGAUCGAAGCCAUGGAGCACCGGGCCCCCCUGAACGAGGUCCACCGGCUCCCAUCCUACUGCUCGGCUUUCUCCUCCUCGUCCUCCGGCGAGAGCACGGCCUCCUCCCCGCCGGAGUCCUCCCUCGCCUAUCGAGCCGGCCUUGGCUCGACGGUGCGGGGACAGGCCCAAGAGAUGUGCGUCCACUGCAUGGAGAGUCAGGUGAUCGCCGCCCUGGUCCCCUGCGGCCAUAACCUCUUCUGUCUCGAUUGUGCCACCCAAAUAUGCCAGAGCCCAGACGCCGCCUGCCCCGUGUGCCUGUCCCCGGUCAGCCAGGCCAUUCAGCUCCGCAACAUGUGACUGGCAGGUAGGGGCCGGCCACCCUGUUGGCCCCCAGUUCCUCAUCUUGGCUUUAGUAGAGGAGAUAUAAGUAAGGAAAGAUGUGCAUUAAUGGUAUAGUUCAGCUUGUUCAUGUGCCUGCCAAUUGUGAAGUCUUCUACUUAGAUGAAUUGAUCAACAAGAUGGGGCGGAAACCUUCAAUGUAGCAACGGGUGGGCUUGGAAUUCGCCUUUUAUUUCUCCCUGAAACGGUUACAUAAGAGUUCCUGCCUCACCUACAGUUCCAGAUCGAACGUCGUUUUUUCUUUUUCUUUUUUUUAAAGUUCACUGCUGUAGUUUGCUGAGUCUGUAGCCCCGCCCCCUUUUGUUGAAUGGUGCUCACCGGAGUGAAAACCUACUAGAGGAGCAUGUUUACAAACCCGCUAUUAAACGAUUGCGUACAUAUUCAUUCACACGUUAUAGACAUGGUGGCGAUUGCUGAAGGAACACCUCGACGUUAGAGCGAUAUCCGAUGUUUACGUGCUUUAAAAGAAAUGCUGUUUUAUACGCAUGCAAACCGCUACACUCCACAACGUCCCGUUACCUCAGCGGUGCUUUAUUUCCCACAUCGGAAUGAUCGCGUUUUAUCAAGGCCACCCCCAAGGACACACCACUACGCAUAAAAUCAAAUUGUUUACGAUUAAACUUGUGCCUAAAAUUUCAUUCGGAGCAGAGAAACGGAUUAGUUGAGCACGGUUUUGCUUUGGGGGGCCUGUUUACACAACAACCAUCCAGCCAAAACGGGGAGUUUUUAAAACUACCUUCAUUCACGCUGAGCGCCAAAAACAGGAGAUACAGUGGUAGCUAAGUUUUCAGUAUUUCUUUGUUCUAUAAGGUUUGAUGAAAACCAAGGCCUUUUUUUCCCCAUUGGAAAGUAAUUUAAAUCCAGUUAAUCCAUUCCAGACACUCAGAAGUAAUGAUAAAAAUAUAUUUUAUUGGGAAUAAAUAAAUGACGAAUAGACGAACUUCCUGUACAUUUUGGAAGUGUAUAGUUUGUUGUUAUGUUAAUAAAAUAAGCAAAUAAUCUGCCAAAACAGCCAUUUUACUUGAUUUGGGCAUUUGGACUCGUCCAAAAUAGUCUCAAUUCAUAGAAAUAAUCUGACAAAAUGCUAUUUUGCUCCUUUCAAGUGAGUUGGCUAGUCUAAAACAGUCCAAAUUAUUAAAAUGAGCAAAAUUUGCCCCAAACGCCUUUUUACUUGUUCCAACUGUUUUGGGUCCAAAAAAUGAUCAUAUUUCUUAAAAUAAGCAAACUAAUCUGACAAAAUGAAAUGCAAUUUUACUUGUUUCAAGUGUUUUUAUGAGUCAAAAAAGUAGUUACAGUUCUUAAAAAUAAGCAAAAUAAUAUGCCCAAAAUGCCGUUUAACUUGUUCCAAUUGUUUUGGCGAGUCCAAAAAUAGUCACAAUUCUUAAAAUAAGCAAAAUAAUCUGACAAAACAUCACUUUACUUAUUUUUGGGGGGUUUUGUUGCUACAACUGGUGUAAACAGCCCCGAAGCACAUGACCUUUCAUAAUAAGGAAAGCCUGUCAUUGACUGACAUAACGUACACCAACACAUCCAAGUAUUGGCACAGGCGUGUCAAACCUUUUCCACCUGAGGGCCUCAUACAAAAAAAUGGAGUCACUGUGAUUAUUUUUCACUAUUUUAAAAUAAUGUUUCAUUAUUUUUUGUUUAUAAAACGCAAGAUAUCUUUUUUUUAAAAUAACUUUUAGUCAUCCUAUAAUUUACUUUUAUUACAAAUUAUUAGAAUUUGACAGUUAAAAAAAAUGUGUAGAUAUUUAGUGACAAUUUUAAUUAAUUAAAAAUUCCCGAUGACCUUUUUUGGGGGGCGGGGGAUUGUAAAUUGAAGGCAAUUUAGAACUGUGGAUGAUGGACAGCUACUUUUUUCCCCCCAAAAGUUGUUUUAUAUGCAAGUAAGUUACCAGUAUUCCUGAACAUCCCAAUGCAGGACAAUAUUUAAUUUUUCAAUUUUUAUUUUUUUUAACAGCGUGGUCCUCAUCCUACGUCAUAAUAUUCUGAGUUUCAUUUUAAUUCCAAAAAAAAAAAAAUAAACAAAAAAGGUGCCACAAAUGGCCCCCGACCCGGGCUUUAGACACCCCUGCAUCAGCAGAUGGAAACUCGUUUACGUUGUCCUUUUGACGAGCGUAUUAUUUUUGCAUCCUUGUUUAACGAACCAAAAACACGCACAGGUAACAUUCCUCGUCCUAUCGAUGGUAUAAACUAUAAAGUACACUGCACGGUAUAAAACAAAAUAAAAAUAAACAAUUGCAAUACUGCACAGUCGGGCCAGUACCCACCCCCACCCCUACCCUCCACAUGAAUGUUCUGGAGCGUUCUGGCUUUAGGCACAAACAAGAUCUUCUGUUUCCUCGUCCUGUCCAUGCAAGAGUCGACAAACAGGCAGAGGAAUCGCUAGGCUGCGAUAUUAUUGAAUCUUCCACUCGCUUGACGGUACACACGCGACGCCUUCUUCUUCUUCUCCUUCUUCUUUCUUCAUAUCUUAUCUCGCUAUUGACUAGUCGGGAAUCUUUCAUCCAUUCCUCCACCUGCAAUCAUCUCAAAAACUUUUAUUCUUAGCUUUUUGGACGCCAGUGUCCUUGCUAACUUUUGUUUUGGGGAGCACCUGGACACUACAUAAGGUCAACACUGCUGCUUUAUUUUGGGAGUCACAAAAUACCCAUCCAGGUUGCUUCCUCCUGUGGGCCUUUUAUCCGUCCUUUUUUUCUUUUCUUUCUUUUAUUUAGCCCCCCUCAAAAGGGUCCAUCCCUCCCCAGGGAAUGCAAUACACUGUCGACCCCUUGGCUUAUUUUUGUCUAUGUAUUAUAUUAAGGACUGAUGAGAUAUACUUAUUUUUUAUUUUGUUACAUUUCAUAUUAUAUAAAUAUAUCGACAAAAAAGUAUCUAUAUUCCAAUGUUUACAACAAGAGUAACAUUUUUGUAUUACGUUUGAGCGAUAACACCAAUGAAGAGUGUUUUUGCAACGCUUCUCUGCUUUGUAGUUUCGCUGAUUUGUUUUUAUUUUUUUAAGUGUCGAAUGCCGCCACUGGAAAUAUGGAAUGUGCGUGCAACAAGCAUGUUAAAACGUAGCCGCUGACGCCAACAAAGCCGAAAGAUUCAAGCUGCCUGCAAAAAUGUGUUUUAAGAAAGUGUACAUUUUUUUUGUUUACCAUUAGUAGACGCUCUAUACAGGCAGACACACAUGUUGUUCAAAGUGUUUUUUCGCUAAUUUUUACUACACAAUUUGUUUUGUUAUGUAUAUGUAGAGGGGGAAGUCUUAUGGCAUAUAUAAAUUCAACACAGGAGUCAGGAGUUUAAAAGCAGACUAUAUUUUAUAACGGCCUUUUAAGUUAUUUGCGGCCAAAGCACUGAUAUUAUAUAUAUUUGCUGUAAAGAGAAUUUUAAGAGUUUUAUUUUUCUGAUAUCGAAAUGUUACUUAAUAAAGACGGUUUCAUUUAAAGCCAACUCGAG